AAACGCAGACAGAGCUUCACAUUCACUGAUAGGCCUACUAGGCCUAUAGGAAGUUACCAGUAAUUUCUUAAUCUUAUAUUUAGGAAAAACAGACACAUUAUUUGGGCAUUUCUACAUGAUGAUAGAAAGAAGUUGAACAAUAACUUUAUUACAUUACAUUUGGCUGGAAUGACUGUUGAAACUAGGCACGCUGUCAAAACAUCUCGCAAUCGAAACAGUGAUAAGGCCAAAACAAUAUUUUUUUCCGGCACUUCGAUACUGAAGCAGGUUAGGAGAAUUUGCGAAGGAGGUUAGGAUUCUGAGGUUAAGGUUAGGAAAAUGGUUAUGGUUAACGAAAAUGCUCUCCUAACCUGCUACGGAAAUCACUUUGUAUUGAAGUGCCGUAAAAAGAGUGUGGCCCAAGGCCGAUAAGGCGCAUGGCCUCGUUUCCGGGAAACCAAGAACAAAACAGAAAAUAGCCUUUAAAAAAACACUGCCUUGCAAAAAACAUCCAUUAUUUCUAAACAAAUUAUCUCUGUAUAAAAUGAGUUUUGCGCGCCAUCAAGUGGAUAGAAUCAGCAUUGCAAAUUUUAAAUCAUAACGCUAAAACUGCAACUGGAUACAGAUGUAAUUCGUGCUAGAAGAAAAAUAUAUUUGAGUACGGUAUCAAAGUUCAAACUGAUGAAAAAAUAAGUACAUUGCAUGCUAUAAUCACCACCAAAUAAAUAUACAAAUAAAUACAUGUCUCGUGCCAGAACAGCAGGCACAGUGACACUCAACAGAUGUUUUCACAGUUAUGUGAUAUUUGGAUUGGGGAGGUGAUCGGUGACGUAAGAGGAUCAUUUACACCCUCAUCUCCUACGGACUGGGGUCUCAGUGCAGAAGUAGCUGGGCAGGAGAGCUGAGACCAAGAUGAAGAAGUUUGUGACAUUUUCCCUCUGUCUGGUCCUCUUGACCAUCUACACAGCAGAUGCAAACCCAAUCAUCAAGGAGAGCUAUGCUAAGCAACUUCUGCGGACCAAGAGGCAGAAGCCCGGCCACCCCGAUGAGCCAAUGAGGGAGCACUUGCUCCACAUGCAGGUUCUGGAUCAGAGGGCCCAAGAGACCAACCUGGAACACUGGCUGAACCCCCACUGCUACCCCCGCUGUGACAGGAACUACGGACACCCUGUCUAAUCCCCAGUGACCUCGCCUUGACUCCUCACAGCCCAGGUCCCUGUCUGUCCAACACAACCAUAAAACAUCCCUGCUUAGGUCCCCUGGGGCUUGUUGAGUAGGGAAAAGGGUAGUAAAAUGCUGUGUAACAAAAAAAGUACCAGAAAGUACAUAAUUUCACUACAUUUCGGACAAUUUUCAGUUUCCUGCCUAUUGAACACAAUGUACAGUGCCUAUAAUUAGCCUAUAGGAUGAAGUUGCCUUCGCUGAUCAGUUUUGUAUUUCCCUCCUGAUUGGUUAUAGUUAGAAUUGGGGUAAACUGAUUCUCUAUCUUUUUUUUGUUGUCUUCUGGCGAACAACUUUUUCUGUGUGGCGGAAGGCGUUGACGGCAAGAAGGAUGUUGACAACUGUGAUGACAACGAUGAUGAUGAUGACCAUGAUAAUGAUAUGAGGGUGAAGCUCGGAGUGCAACUCUAUCACAUGCAUUUCAUGAUGAAGCCUCAGCAGUGAACAUUAGUGGCCAUCAGUAGAUACUUAGUGGCCAUUAGUAGAUCAGCUUAUUCCAACAACAUUAGCAUACUGGAAACAUAUACAAUGAUGUUAACGUCAUAGAGGAUACAUGAUCCGUUUAUAUGUGGAUACAGUUAUGAGAAAAUAUACAUUGUAUUAUGUAAAACAAUGUUUAAAAAAAACAAUCAUUUAAUAAACAAUCUAAUCAAA